ACAAGGUAAAAAACAUAGGAAGGUAGCAAAUUAAUAUCUACGCAAGACAAAACUACAAAAUUGGUGGAGGUUGAAAAAGCAGAGUGUGUUUGGGUGCUGGUGGGAUAAGAGGGGGAGAGAUGGGACACGUAAUGAGGCUGCUGAUAAACUCUCCUUCUUCGCCUCUUCUCCAACUCCGAUACCACCGGACUCUUGACCCAAACUCUGUCUUCUCUCUGCGAACCUCGGUUACCAAAAGCAGCAAGGGACGAUUCUCUUGUCUUUUCUCCGGCGGCAGCCAGAGAGAGGACCAAGCUCGUAAAGCAUUGGAAAGCGCUCUUGGUGGGAAGAAAAAUGAGUUCGAGAUGUGGGACAAAGAGAUAAAGAAAAGAGAAGAAUCUGGCGGCGGAAAUGGUGGGAAUGGAGGAGGAGGAGGAGGUUGGUUUGGAGGUGGUGGCUGGUUCGGUGGAGAUCAUUUCUGGAAUGAAGCUCAGCAGAUUGCCAUUACCCUCUUAGCAAUACUUGUCGUGUAUAUGUUGGUUGCGAAAGGUGAAGUAAUGGCUGCAUUUGUGUUAAACCCGUUGUUGUAUGCGUUGCGAGGAACACGGGAAGGGUUGACUUCUUUAAGCUCCAAACUCAUGGGAAGAGAAGCUUCGAAAGUGAACAGUGAUAAAUCAGAGGAGAUGUGGAAGAAGGAAGGUUUCACUGCUAAAGAGAGCGUUGUUCGGAAAUGGGGAAGUGACUGAAACAAAAUUCUUAAAGCUCACUCAAGAAGAAUGACUUGAGUGCUUUUUGUAAAAUGAAAAUGAGAUCAAAUGCAGUCGACCAUUUAAGUUUUGUAAUGAAAUUUAGGUAUUUUUCUGUGAACAAGAAAGAGUGCGAGUCUGUUUGUAAACUUCAUCAUCCUUUUCUUUUAACAUCAAAGAUGAGAUAAAUGUGUGUCUCAUAGCUAAAUUCUUUUCCACAAUUAAUGAGCAAGCUUAUUGUUUUAGCC